AUGUCCUCCGCGGCGCUGCCGCCGCCGCCGCCGCCGGCGAGUGGCUGGGCGGGUCUCCCACAUGACGUCCUGUGGUCUGCCUUCACCGUGCUGGGGCAGCGAGAGAUCCUCUCCGGCGCCGGGCUCGCGUGCGCCGCGUGGUGGCGAUUCGCGCGCGACGAGCCCGCCAUGUGGCGCCGGAUCGAUCUGAGGGCUUCUGCGCCGCGGGACGAGGAUGACGACGAUGACUCGUCAGAAUGGAAAGCGAUGACGCUCGCCGCCGUCGACCGCAGCGCUGGGCAGUGCGAGGCUUUCUGGGGCCGCGCCGACGAUGAGGUCUUGCUCUACCUCGCCGACAGGACGUCAUAUAUGAAAAGCCUCCGUGUCACAUCAGAUUACGAUGUGUCCUCUCAAGUGUUCGCUGAGGUGGUGAAGAAAUUCCCUAUGCUCGAGGAGCUCGAGCUAGUGCUCAAACCUGACGCCUACAACUACGGAACCAAGUCAGGACUACCACCUACCAACUCCUGGGUGGAGCUGUUCCAAUCCGCUUGUGAAGCUUGCAGCCAUCUGCACAAUUUCACCGUGCGCCGUGCCAGCAAAGUGACACGCUUUGACCCCUACUAUCUAAGGGAACGCAGACGACCUUUCUCGAUCCCAGUGAUGCACGGCCUACACUCCCUCGAGCUUUCUGAUGGCAGCUUCACCAAGGAUAUGGUGAUGCAGAUUGUGGACAAAUGCCCUAGUCUCGAGUCUCUCAACAUUAGCGACGUGCUGGCACAUACCCAUGGGAUAAAGAGCUGA